AUGAGCGCGUUUACACCAAAAAGAAAAGCAAAAGUCAUCAAAGUCCUUGACGAUGACGAACAUGAUACCGGAAAGCCCUCGCCGACCGGCCAAGAGCCCGUGAACAACGAUGCUGCACCGGUAGCAGUCAAGUUUACGAGAAAGCCCAUCCGCCAAUCUGGUCUGCGCAAGAGCAUCAACUUCAGCGAGCCCGACGAUUCGAACGGCGGAGUCGCGGUUGGCGAUUCUGCGAAACCAAAAGCUGUUCCCACGCAAGAUAACGACGAGGACGACGGCCCGGUGGUGAUUCGACCCGCGGUCAGCCGUUCAAGCUCGCUCAAGCAGAAGAAGCGCAAAUCCACCUCAAGACUCUCGUUUGGCGGAGCUGAUGUAGGUGACGGCGAUGAUGUGCCGAGGGCCGAGUACACGACACCAAAAAAGUCGACGCUGGGCUACCAGGCGCUCGAGAAUAGCGCCCUGAAGAACAGGUUGCCUAUGCGCACAUUCCGCGACGAGGACGAGGACCGCCCGAGAUAUAGCAAGGAAUACCUCAGCGAGCUACAGAACUCGACACCAAACACGCCGCAGAGCUUGUCCUCUCUGCGCAUGCACGACGAGGAUGGCAUGGUUCUGGAUGACUCCGAGCUUGAAGGAGCCCUGAUCGUCAACGAGGGAGACUUUGCGUCCCGGCCGCACCAGACGAACAUCCUCACCGAGGCCGAGAUCCAGGAGAGGAAACAACGCCGGGCAAGGCUCGCGCAUGAACAGCAAGAUGGCGACUUCAUAUCCUUUGACGAUGACGAUGUCGGCGGCACGUCUCUGCGUAAAAAGAAGAACGACACGCGCCUCGUGCGCGAGGACGAAGACCUUGGUGAAGGGUUCGACGACUUUGUCGAGGAUGGGGGCCUAUCGCUGGGCAGAAAAGCCGAGAGAGAGGAGAAGGUGCGUCGGAGGCGUGAAAUGGCUGAACAGAUUCAAAUGGCCGAGGGCGGUUCGGAUGACGAGUCCGACGCGUCGGAGGCGGAGCGGCGUGCGGCUUUCGAGGCAGCGCAGACGAGGUCAGGGAUGGACGGUCUUCAGAAGCCCGAGCGCAACCCUGCAGAACAUCUGCUGCAGGUCCCGCCCAAGAUCACGCCGCUCCCGAGUCUCACCGAUUGCCUGUCGAGACUGCAGACGACGAUGCGGGCCAUGGAGUUGAAUCUGACGGAGAAGAAGAAGCGCGUUGAGGCGCUGAGACAGGAGAAGGACGGUAUCAUGACGAGAAAGGAUGAGGUUCAGCAGCUUCUUAACGAGGCUGGGCAAAAAUACACCGCCGCCCUCGGAAACGGAGUGUCGGCUGAAUCAACCACCCAUUCACCCGCCAGGCAGAUCACGAAUGCUGGAGCGAGUGAGCUGAAGGUCGAGAGAGGCCUGGAAAGUCUGGGUACCACGCCGAACGAGCGUCCCGACGUGGGGGAACUUGGCUAG